AUGAAGGCCGUCAGCGUUAUCGCCACCCUCUUCCUCGCCGUUGCGAUGGCCGCUCCUGCUCCUGCCGAUGAUCCCAUCGCAGCUCUCGAGAAGCGCGGCUGCGGUCCGGCCUGCGGAUGCCUGUCUGGAGUCUGUACCUGCACGACCUGCACUGCCACCGGAGGCUGCUUCCAGGUUUCAAGUGGCCAGAAGUGUUAA